UUGAUCUUCUAUUGACCAGAAUCUAGUCAGUUGUUCACGUUUCAAAAACGGGAUGAAAUAUUCAAUAAUCGUAAUUUGUUGGAUAGCCUUUCUUUGUGCGAAUGGCGCGAAUGGAGGAAGGAUUGAUGUAAAACAACCGCCACAACUGAAAGUGGAAAUAACGCAUCAAGUGGAGUGUUACAAAAAAAGCAAAUAUGGAGAUUUAUUGCACAUCCACUAUAAGGGAUACUUGGCUAAUGGAACUGAAUUCGACAACACCUACAAACGCGGUCAUAUGGUUAUAUUUACUAUUGGAGCCAAUAAUGUCAUCAAGGGCUGGGAUCAAGGACUGUUAGGAAUGUGCCAAGGUGAAAAACGCCGGCUAGUUGUUCCUCCAGAACUGGCAUACGGAGAUGAAGGCUUUAGUACAUUAGUUCCACCUGGUGAAACGUUAACAUUUGAUUGUGAACUACUACACAUCAACCUAAGAGACGAACUCUGAAGUUGUUGUUUUUCUUAUGUAAGAGUCAAUAAAGUGAUAUCUAGCGCGGC